UGCGCUGACGCUCGCUCCAGCGUCCGGACAGAAGCAGUUGUGCGGCGGAGAUUGAGCGCGUUCAGAUCCUGCGAGCGGAGAUUUGCAAAUUACAACAUUACUCUGCGCUGUACAUAUGUAAAAUACUAUAACCGCGUUACUGAGCAUUUGUCGUUUCGUUCGUGCGUUUCAUUAUUUUAUAUAAAAAAAAACAUUUGCUUCACGGCUGAAAAGUUGAGGCUGCACAGCGCGAGCGAGAUGAUGCUUGAAUCCAUUGAAGUUAUAGAACGGCUCCAUUGGCCAGAGAUGGAAAUGUCUAAGAGUUGUGUCCUAAGUCCGAUGGAGAAGCCUGUGAGCCCCAGUCAGCUGCGUCUGGAGCACAUAUCCUCUGGUGUUCUGAAGGACCUGUUCAACACAGCCACCAGCAGCUACAACACACUGCUGCAGAAAGAGUCAGAUGCUCAGGAGAGCCCUAAACACUCCUCCUACAAGUGCCCCAAAAGAGUCUCCACGGCAAGGCAUCCCAACAUGCCCUUGCCGACCCUUGCACCUCUAACGAUGAGUGGCCUGGCGUUUGGUUGCAGAGACAGCAGGCAUUCUCAGUCGGUGUUCUCCUGUUUCUCCACCAGCAGUUCCAAGCAAACUAACAGCAUCACCGUGCUGGGGAGUGCCAUCCGCCUGGCCCCCGGCCCCAUCCCCAGACCAAAAAACUGCUACCCGGCCAGCACCAAACUCCCACAGCUGUCCAGAGUGUUCCCUGCUGCUCGUGAUGGAGAGAACUCAAUAAAGAAGCUCUGCAUCCUCACUGCCAUAAAACCGUCUAAUGUGGAGAAAGAGAAGGCCAGGUUUUUCAAAUCAGAAUUUAAAUGCAACCCUCAGUUUGAGUACAGCAACCCUUUGCCUCCACAAGUACUAGCAAAGCACAGCACCGCUUCAGACCGCUUCCUCACACAGGCUGUGCGCAUCAUGGAGUUGGCCGUGCAGAAAUACGGCUCCUAUGAGAAGUUUGAACAGGCUACUGGAGGAAACCUCCUCACCAAGAGCCGCAUCUGGUACCAUGUCAAAAAAUACAUGGAGAAGGAAGGGUGCAUGGGAGAGAUUGUGGUUAAUCUUACUGAUGACCUCCUGUCCAGAGCGUCUAUGACUGUGGUGAACGGCAGACCUACACUCACCAUUAACAUCUCUACUGCCAGAGAGCAGUGGCUGGAGGGGAUGCUGAGGCACGAAAUCGGUACACACUACUUCCGUGGCAUCAACAACAGUCACCAGCCGUGGAGCAGCGGUGGCGGCAGGAAGAAACACGGUCUGCGGCCCAUCAACCCCACUGAGGAGGGUCUGGCCAGCAUCCACAGCGUGCUCUUCCGCAAGGACCCCACCCUGUGGCGCGCCGCCCUGCUCUACUACACCGUCUACCAAGCCAGCCGCAUGUCCUUCUCACAGCUGUUUCACAACCUAGGCCGGUUUGUCCACGACCCCAACACACGAUGGGACUACUGCGUCAGAGCCAAACGAGGACAGACCGACACAGCACUGCCAGGUUGUUUCAGUAAAGACCAAGUUUAUCUAGAUGGCAUCCUGAAGAUCCUCAGGCACAGAGACAAGAUUGACUUCCAGCUGCUUAUGGCUCUGGGCAAGGUGUCAUAUGAGGACGUGGAGCGUCUGAAGAGUCUGGCUCUGCUGGAGCAUGUGCGGAUUCCUCACUUCCUGCAGGACCAAGCGCGCUACACAGAACAGCUUCAUAAAAUCAUGGAGGUCAACCAGUUAACCGAUGAGGAGCUGUGCACACUUAUCUGAACUUAUGUGACCUCCGACCAGCAGCAUGAUUCUCACAAAGCCUGUCCAGGUCAUACAUUACCAUUCAUAAAUAAAAAAAAAUUAAACAUGUCCAGGUCAUAUUUCACUAAAAACGAAAGAAAGAAAGAUUAAAUUACUUUUUGCAUAAAAAAAUAAGCAUUAAAUAUUUUUUUUAAUUUUCUAUUUAUUUUAAUGACACUUAGGUAGGGCUGCCCCCUAAUAGUCAACUAACCAUUAGAGGAAUAGUCGAUCAAUAUUUUCUAAGUGGCUUCGUUGGAACAAACGAAAACAAAAAAGGAACAAAAAAACCAAAAGAAGUGUUGAAGUCACGUAGUCUGUGACGGACAGAUUGUUAACAGCUGGUCUAUGUGGUAAUUACAGUACAUCGGUCAGGAUAUCCAAACGCUUGUUUCGUUUGGGACCUUAAAUGUGGCUUAUCAUAUGAAACAUGUUAUUAGUAGCAUCGUUACAUGGCUGCUCGCUUGUAGGUUUAGGAGUAGAUGUGGGGGGUUAGGGUUAGGCAGUUAGCGACUUCAACGAGGGGUGCAUAAUCUGGCAGGGGUGCAGAAUUCACAAUAUACAAUCAACAAAACAUUGUGCUUUUGUAAAAUUCUGAAGUUAAACAGGGUGCACUUUCUGCCGUUUAGGUCUCUGUGAACUUGAACGUGUCAAAAAAAAAAAAAAAAGAGCCGAUACUCUGUGAGAUAACAAAGACAAAACAAAAUGUCUACUUUUAAAUGAACCAAUUCAAAUGGAAAAUAAAUAUUCUCAAAUGAUGUAAUCCGUAUGAAACGUGAAUGUCUGUGGAGAUGACAAGUCAGUGUCGUAGACUUCAUCACUGCAGCUGAAAAUACAGAAAACACUAGUUUAUCAAUGAAGUAUUAUUAUGUUAAGGCAGUCUUGCAGUUUUUUCCUAGACUCAUUUAUAAUCAUUACUUUUGUGGUGUGCUGUGGCAAGCUAGGCUAUAGGCAAUUAAAGACUCAUUAUUAUGAAUUAUAUGGUUUAUAAAUAUAAAUGUGCAAUUAGCCGACUAAUUUCUUUAAGUGAACAACUGUUAGUUGAUCAGAAAAAUUGUUAGUCGAGGGCAGUAAUACACGUAGGGCCUCUCAGCUCAGAUUUGUGUAAUUCUUGUAUCUCAUUUAGUGUAAAUUUACAAAAAUCGUAUUUUGAUUACUGUAAUGUGAAAAUAUAUUAUAUUACAGUCAUUAAUCAUUACCAAUAUUACAAAAUGUAAAAACAAAUGACCAAAUUAUAAAAUGUUAUGAUGUAAAAAACCUUCAUGGUUUUAAAACAUUUUUUAAAUUUUUUUAGCAUUUAAUUUUUGCUCUAAAUGUUUUUGUUUUGUUUUUUCUCGUGUAGCAGGAUUGGAUAAUAUUCUGCACUCUAUAUAGGAGCCUAUGGAGCUUUAUUUGUUUUUCUCUGGUAAAACAUAAUUUUGAGGGGUUUUUUUUAGCCAGUGCAGUGCAUUAAGCCCCCUGUAGUUCUCAGGACAUGUGUGUUCUCUUUUGAGGGGAUACUGAGGGGCCAACUUACCAUCAGUUACAAAUUGCCAAACAUUCAUAUGUACUACAAUUCCUUAAGCUGUUUAUUUCCUGAAUUUUUAUAACACUUUAAUCUGGAUAUUUUAUAAACUGCUUAAUACACACACACACACACACACACACACACACACACACACACACACGCACAUACAUAUAUAUAUUCUUAUUUUUACUUCUUAUAUAUAUAUAUAUAUAUAUAUAU